UGGCUCCCUCUUGGUGCUGCUCAUGCCUGACCGCUGCAUUGUCCCCUCCCCCCAACAUGGCCAGCUGCCCAGGAAGCCCCCACCGCUUCCGAAUGCUUGGGGGCAAGGGGAACCACCCCCUGAUCGCUGUGCGCCAGGGGCCUUGCAGGAAGCGCGCGCGCAAAGCACAGCCCAGCCGCCCCUGUUGGGGGGCUGCAGAGGGGCCCUUCCAGCCGCACGGGGACGCUGCCGCCGCCGCAGCAGCCUCCGCUCCGGGGCAGGGAUUCACCCGGCAUAGCCGAAAUGAGAGACGCGCCAGGGGCCGGUGCAUGCCCGAGCCAGGGCCACCUCCGCGGGCCAAGUACGGCGCAGGCUGGAGUCUCCCCCCGCUGCUUGGAUGUGCAAUGCAGCCACGUGGAAAAUGAGGCAGAGAGAGACUAGAUCUUGCAGUGCAUCAUCAUCAUCAUCAUCAUUCAUUUGCAUGGGGUGAGAGAGAGAAUUCCUAGGCAUGGACCAGAGCCUUAGGGUGCUAGGUCAGCAGUUCUCAAACAUUUGUACUGGUGACCCCCUUUCAUACAGCAAACCUAAACACCAUGGAUACAGCUAGCCACAGUCUAGUCCUCCUGCAGCAGCUAAACAUGCAGCGAGAGUUUGGUUUUCUGUGCGACUGUACUGUUGCAAUAGGAGAUGUUUACUUCAAGGCCCACAGAGCAGUGCUCGCUGCUUUUUCAAACUACUUUAAGAUGAUAUUUAUUCACCAGACAAGUGAAUGCAUAAAGAUUCAGCCUACAGAUAUCCAACCAGACAUAUUCAGCUACUUGUUGCACAUUAUGUACACUGGAAAAGGUCCAAAGCAGACAGUCAACCCCAGCCGGCUAGAGGAGGGCAUUCGAUUUCUCCAUGCAGACUACCUUUCCCAUAUUGCAGUUAAAAUGAACCAGAUAUUUUCACCAGAGACGGUGCAGUCUUCAAACUUGUAUGGAAUUCAGAUCUCAACCGCACACAAAGCAACAACAGAAGGUCUUGGUGCAAAAGAAAAUCGGAUAAAUGCCAGCAAUAGAUCUGCAAACCAGGGUGACCACCCACAGUUACAGCUCUCACUUGCCAUUGGACUAGAUGAUGGCACCCUUGAACAACAGAUCACCCAUCCUUCGGCCCAAGCAGCUGGGGCUGCCAAGCCAGUGGAGGAACUUCAGAAAUCAUCUGUGUCCAUAAAGCAGGAGAAGUGUGACCCCGAGCCAGUGGUGUCCCAGAGUCAUACAUCACCCUCUCCAGAUGUUUCUAAAACUAAUCUCAAAAUGCACUUAUGUCAUUACUGUGGGGAACGUUUUGAUUCCCGUGUCAAUUUGCGGGAACACCUGCACACUCAUGUGUCAGACUCACUUCCCUUUGGUGUGCCAGCCUCCAUCUUGGAAAGUAACGACCUUGGUGAAGUGCAGCCUAUAACUGAAAAGGGGGAAGCUACUGAAAGUCACCGGCUGGGUACCUUCCUAAUGAAAGAGAAUGAGCAUUCGUCAGAACAUCCAAGCCAUAGUAACACAGAGCCAUUACAGUAUGGCCAGUUGUCACUAAUCUCCAAAGACGCAGAACCUAUGGAGUUAAACUGCAACUUUUCUUUUUCAAGAAAGAGAAAAAUCAGUUGCAGCGUCUGUGGCCAUAAAUUUCUCAGAAAGAGCCAGUUGCUGGAACACAUGUACACACACAAAGGGAAACAAUACAAAUACAACCGAUGCCAGAGGUUUGGUAACCCAGUAGCCCACAGGUUUCAUCCUUAUUGUGACAGUUGGUCUGAUUGCACAGUAAAAAGUUCCAGGCUCUCUACAGAUCACUUGGAUUCAUCGUGUGCAUUAGAGUCUGAUAGUGCUCCAGAAAAUGUUGAUACCAUCCUAGUAGAAUAGCUUUGUACAUCACCUUUGAUGAGCUGAAACCAUUAAUGCUUAAAUUUGUUUGUGCCCUUCCAUUUUGCUAAAUGUUUCUUUCUACCUACCAGCUCUUUCUGCAGCGAGGUGAGACUGUAACAACUAUGUACGCCCUUUUACUUGUAUAUUUAAACCUUAAAAUCUUAAGUUGAUUGGAGAGAUCAAGCUAUUUUUUGGCAGUGUCUGGAUAACUUACAUGCAUUCUUCAUAAAUGACAACCUAAUUGAACUGUGUGUUACCCUAUAUAAAGUUGUGGAAGUUAGUGAGUGAGGGGUUUAAGCAUCUAGUAUAUUGAGCAGAAUUUUAGGAUUCUGUGUGUCCUUGGAAUAUUCUGAAACCAAAGUGAGUGGAAUAUGUUCAGAAUAUAUUGCUUAUCUUAAUUAGGUUUUAGGUUAAUAUCAAUUCCCUAGAAAGAGAGACUACCCCAAAGUGCAGGCAAUGGCUAGGUCUAGACUACAAGUUUUUGUCAGAAAAAGCUACACAAAAAGCGCUCCGCAUUUUGCAUAGCUUUUUCCGAUUCUUUUGUCAGACGAGGCUUUUCCAACAUUUGGCCUGUCUAGACUGGGCCAAAUGUCAGAAAAAAACCCUCUUUUGGAAGCCCCCUUCCUCGUGGAAGGAGGAAUACAGGGGCUUCUGAAAGUGUGUUUGCACUUCCUCAAAAGUGCAAACGUGUUCCCUGGACAAAGCGGGGUUUUUUUGGGAUAUCAAAAAACCCACAGUGUAGACAUAGCCAACAUGUGGGGAAUGAACAAUCUACAGCACAUAACAUUUCAGGCUGUUCCCUUUUCCAAGUAAUCCUGAGAGACAGAGAUAGGGACAGUGGCCCUGGGGUAGCAAGUGUUUGAAGUUCCAUUGACUGAAUACAUUCUUAGAGUGCAGCAGCUACUUAGAGUUUUGUUGCAAGAGGACUAAUGUGAGUUCUUCCCUUUUCCAAGCCCAACAGACCCACCCCUGCUUGGUAAGUUCCCUCACAAAUGUGGAACCAAAUCCUAUUGAAGCCCUGCAAAGGGUCCCAUUAAUGAACCUUCCUUUGUAAGAAGAAAUGAGAUCCAGGUAACAAGUCCCAUCAUCCAUCUAUACAGAUAAUUGUCUUGCUACAAGUUAUUUCUGCAUAUGAACAGUGUUCAAUAAUAGGCUCCUAAAUUCUAUGGGGAUGUGCACAUUAAAACUGCUUAGGAUAAGGAAUGUUGUAUUUUCUUGGGCUCUGCCAUAUCUUUAAUACUGUUUAAAUAGAAUUUGUAUGCCUUUGUUACCAUUUCCUGAAUAUCUCAAAAAUAUAUUCUUCCAAGUCAAUUACAAAUGUGCAGUCCUAUUCAGUCUGGCCUCAGGUUAAUAUUUUGUUCUUCUGUAGUAUAAUUUCGUCUGAUAAUCACAAACCACUUCCUGCAAUGCAGGGUAUGAUGAGUGCCAAAGAAGCAUACCAUUAGUGGGAUGGUGGGGUGGAUAAUUGAGUCCAAGAAUGGAGUAAUUCUGAUAUAAAGCACAAUAUUUUAAAGUGUACUGAAUAGAUGCUGGGAUCUGUUACUCUACUGCUAAAAAAUAUUAGGCACUUUGCCAGAAAUGUGCGUUAAGACCAGCAAUGAAACCCUCCUACCUGUUGCCAUACAAUUACAUCACUAGAAUCCUUAGUAGUGGGGAGCAAAACCUACUGCCAAAAUGCCUACUCCAAAUCUCUCUUGAAGGCAAUAGACUUCACUGGGAGUGUCUCAGGCCCAGAACAAGAUCUGAAAUCAAAACAUUUUUCAAUUACCAAAGCAUCAUAUGCUAAUUAUUUUUAGGUCUCAACUCAUCUUGAUUUGAUUUCUUUAUAUUAUACUCAGUAGAGAAGCCAAGAUCUGUAUGGACAGGGACUUGACUUUUCUUAGAUCUCCUGACUCUGCACGCUAGAGAUGAAGAUCUUUCCUAAGAGGACACAGGGAUGCUAACACUGUUCUUUCUUGUUGGUUAAGCCCCCUUUGCUUGGAAAAAAUUGACCCUGAAUGGGCAGCCCAGCCAAUUUCUGUUUUGUCCAUCCCCCCCGCGCGGAGUGUAACUUCAGCUUAGGAAAAAGGGUCUGGUUUUAACUGGUUACAAGUUGACACUCCCUAGUCCAGCAACACCCCGGUCUGGCAUUGUUGGGGUGACCCCGUGGGACCAGGAGCAUUACCAGACUAGGACAGGAGGAGCAUGGGAGUUCCCAGCAGCCCUGCUGCAGCCUGGGAGUGUCCCUGAUGGUAACAGGACCGCCAGGCAGAGCGCAAGCUGCUGGGAAGAGUCCGUGGCAGUAGCGGGGCCACCGGGCAGAGCAUGGAGCCCUCCCAGGCAGCAGCAGAGCUGUGGGGAAAAAAAGCAGAGCUCUGGGUGACAACAGAUCUGCAGGAGGGUAGAGGAGCCCUCUGCCCCCAUUGGGAGAGCAGAGCCCCGGGCAGCAGUGGGCAGCCAGGAGGAAAUGCAGAGACCCAGGUGUAUUGAUCCCCUCUGGUCUGGCAAAUUCGCCGGUCCCAGACCAGGGAGGUUCAACCUGCAGUUAAGUGCUAAAAUCCCACGGUAGACAAGGCAAAUUGUAGCCCUAACAUGUUAGCUGAUCACGUUAAACCCUAGACUCCUGACUAGGGUUUAUCUCAACUAGUUAGCGUGUUGUAAACGAGGGAUGUUGAAAGUCAUUUAAUAAGGUAACCGGAUAACCACUAAAAAUCGAUUAUACAAACUGGGGGCUCUGCAGUGUAAAGUUUUAAUAAGCUUCAGGCUGCAGAGCCUGCAGCAAAGCAGCAUGAGGGGAUGCUGGCUCCACU